AUGGAUUGUCCAACCUUGACCGCACUUGCUCGUCCUUGGAGUGUCAUCCCGGCUUGGAUGCAGUUUGCCCGCCUCUCCAUGCAGCUCGAACCUUCCCGAAGAGGAAGUCGCAGUUCUGCAUCUGCUCCUUCCCUGCCGGUGUCUGUAUUCCUCGCCGUCGUUCCUUCCCUGUUUCUGCUUCGAGCGAUCUUAUGA